AUGAAGCCCAAAGCUCACAUUGCAGUAAUUUCAAUACCUGCUUUCAGCCAUCAAGCAUCAACCUUGGCCUUAUGCAAACGCCUCCUUCAACUCAAUCCACACCUUCAUAUCACCUUCAUAGUUCCAAUUCUAAACUCUCUCUCUAAUGCCUCCAAAUCCCUCAUUGAUUCUUUCUCCUCUUUCAACAUUCACACCAUUCUUCUUCCUCCUGUCACAUUCCCACAAGGCUCCAAUGUUCAUCCUGCUCUUCAAGUUCCUCUCACAAUGUCUCAAUCUAUUCCAUCUAUUCGUGAUGCUUUGAACUCACUAAACUCAACCAAUAAGCUUGUUGCUUUAAUCGCUGAUUACUUAGCCUACGAGACUUUAGAAUUAGCCAAAACAUUUAACAUAUUGUCAUACAUAUAUUUCCCCUUGUCAGCUUCGGUUCUUUCUCUAUGUCUACAUUCGUCGUGGCUCGACCAGUUAGUUUCAUGCGAAUUCAGAGAGCUUUCGGAACCCAUAAAGAUCCCAGGUUGUAUCCCAAUUCACGGUCGAGAUCUACCAAAUUCGCUUCAACAUCGAUCCAGCCAAGAUUAUAGUAACUUUCUUCAUCGUUCUAAAGCAUUACAUCUCGCCGACGGUAUCUUGGUGAACAGCUUCGAAGGAUUAGAAGGAGGAGCAAUAACAGCCUUACUGCAAGAACAAACUAAUAAAUAUCCUUGUAUAUAUCCUGUAGGACCUAAUGUGAAUCAAGUGGGUUGCUGGGUUAGUAGCAAUCAUGUGAUCAAUCAUGACGAUUUUGAGUUUUUAAGGUGGCUGAAUAAACAAGAACCUAGCUCUGUGUUAUAUGUCUCUUUUGGAAGUGGUGGGACGUUAUCUCAGAACCAAAUGAAUGAGCUAGCAUUAGGGUUAGAAUUGAGUGGUCAAAAAUUUCUAUGGGUUGUGAGAGAACCAAAUGAUUUAGCAAGUGCUAAUUACUUCGCUGGUUCAAAAGUAGAUCCUUUACAGUUUUUACCGAAUGGGUUUGUAGAGAGGGUCGUUAAAGCUGGUGGACAAGGCAUGUUGGUUUCUUGCUGGGCACCCCAAGUUGAGAUUCUUAGUCAUAAAGCCAUUGGUGCUUUCUUAACACAGUGUGGCUGGUUCUCCAUACUUGAGAGUGUUUUGCAUGGCUUGCCCAUUAUAGCUUGGCCGUUGUUUGCUGAGCAGAGAAUGAAUGCUGCUAUUCUAAGCGAUGGCCUAAAUGUAUCAGUGAGGUUAAGGGUCAAUGAGAAUGGAAUAGUGGGAAGGGAAGAGAUUACGAAGGUGAUAAAGAGAGUGAUGAUUGGUGAUGAAGGAAUGAGAAUUCGCGCAGCAAUGGAAGUUCUGCAACAUGAUGCUGUUGAAGAACUGAAACAAGAAGGAAGUUCUAGCAUGAACUUGGCUCGAUUGGGAAUGGAAUGGAAAAAUAUGAGAGGCUGAUGUUAGAAGAAUGAGUUUCAAUUUCACAUAAUUUAUUCUGUGAUAAUAUAUGCGUUAAUCGCAUGGUUUGUGGCAGGGCAAAUGAUGUUCUACUGCCAAAAAAAAAGAGAUU